AAUUUGAAAAGUCGUCGCGAGUGGUUGUUUUCCUCAACAAAUAAACGUGUUACAACAAGUAUUUUGAAACGGAAAAAACGUCUAAAGAAUUAACUCGCGGUACAGUAGUACACAAAUUUGGAGGGAAGAGGAAGCCUUGCACAUUUUUUUUGGGAAUUUUCCAUCAACAACGCAGCUGCGUCAAUUCAUAUAUACGCUAUAUUGCUGACUUCACUUUUUGGACUUGUACAGUUCAUACAUUUCUGCUACCUACUUUGUGCUUAUUGUGGGAAAAUCGAAAAUGGUGCUGACGAACUUUGAGUGCUGGGCACAUGGUGGCGGCGCAGUCAUUGGUAAUGGUGAAUUGCCGGUCAAUUCUCGGCACAUGGACAUGUUUAAUCCACGUGUGGUGCAGCAGCGCUUGAACCCCGCCGACACAGGCAUUUCGCCUGUGUCACACAUUUCCUCCAACGGUUAUUAUGGAUUCUCCUAUGUGAAUGCAGCCCAUGAACUGGGUGACAACUACCAGCACAACGGCAUUACACACGACGCCAAUAAUACGAAUAUUAAUAACAACAACAAUAAUAAUAACACAUGUGUGCCAAAUGCAAAUGAUGUCAAUGGCAUGCUGCCGAUGGUGCACACGGGCAUGGAUGUUGGCGUUGCAACCGCUGGCGCAGCUGCUGCAUUUGGCAGCGAUCUAGCUGCCACACAGCGCCGCAAGAAGCGCUACUUUGUGAGCGACGAUGAUUACGCCAACUGUGCAUUGCUCAACGGUUGCGACAGUGGCGUUGGCAUACGCGACGUCGCAGUUGCCGGUUUGGAUGGUUGCGCGCCCAAGCGCUGCCGUUACGACGAUGACUAUGCUGCCGCGCAGUAUUGUAAUGAUUUCUUCUCGCUCCCCUCUACACAAAUUGGCACACAGUCUUGUCUAAUGGAUACUGAGGACAUACAACAGCAACAACAACCACAGGUAGAUGUCAAUAACGGCGCAGCAAAUCUCACCAAUCAAACCACCAAUACAACAACAAAAAAAUGCCAACAAGCCAUAAAUGAUGGCAUUAAUUUAAACGUUUAUCACAACAAUAAUAACAAUAAUGUAAUUAACAAAUAUAACAACAAACUCUUUUACAAUAACCAACAACGUUUGGGUAGCGGGAAGAGAGGAAGUGUUGAUAAAAGUUGUGAAAACAGCAGUACUGAAGAUAUGCUACACGAUCAUGUUGUCGGUGUUAAAGCGAACAAUACAUAUUUAAGGCAGCAAGCAAAGUUUACUGCAUUUGCUGCUGAUUGCAUGGGUGGUAAGAGUGCUGCAGCAGAGGCAGCAGCUAGAAGCAGCAACGAGGAUAAUUCCAUCUUAGCUGCGUUGUAUAACAAAACACAUGGCGGCGCAUUUUACCACUUUACAGUAAGCAACAACGACAAUCAACCGUAUGUUGAGGAUAUUUGAGCGAAUUGUUAUGGUAUGAGAAGCGACACUUUAACGAACCCAAAUAACUCCUUAUAGCCAAAUAAAAAAAAAAACUAAAAACGAAUGUUUGCUUAUGCAUGUGUUUAAAUAUAAAUACCAAAAGUAGCGAUUUUUUGUGUAUCAGUGAGAAAUACAUAUUAUAGCACGAAUUUAACAGUUUCUAAAAUUAUGCAUUAAGUUUGAAUUCAAAAGUUAGCCCAUGGCUACAGGGAAGUGAAAUAACAAAGGUAUAUAGUAAGAAUUAAACUUGAAAUUAUCUGAGAGCGUGUGAAUGAGACGCCUUGAAAAAUUGUGCACAAAUAAAAAUUAAGAGAGGCGAGUUUUUGUUGGCAAAGCGCACUGAGGAUGCAAAUUAAAGGUUUAUGUUUAAGAAAAAAAUGCUUGCAGCACAUGCAAAGAAAUAUUUAAAUAAUAGAUGUAUUAAAUCAAAAUAUUUGUAAAUCGAAUUGUAUUUGAAUAUAUUAACCACCUAAAUAUGUAUAUGCGUGCGUGUAUACUCGCAGGAAACCAUAUCACGAAAUAAAAACCGAUUAAUUCACUAACUUUUUAAACUAUUAUAUUAAAAUAAAAUUAAAUAAAUAAUAUAUGUACAUAACUACGUUUACCCUAUUUACACUGAAGCAUGCUACUUGUCGUUAGUAUUAACAAGUGAACGCUUUGUAAAAUACUAAUAGUUGCAUUUUAAGUUUACUUAACUUUAUAAGCUAAUUGGAAUUGUAUGAAAAAGGAACUUAUUUAAACCGAUUGUGGAAUAGCAAGCUAUGGAAUUGAAGAAUUUGUCUAAAUUGUAAUAAAAAUGGUAUAGUGAACUGAAAUCAAAUAAAUUGAAGAAAUACAUUGAACACAAUUGCAGCACAGAAUAAAGAACA